CCCAAAAGUUAAAACACCAACAAGCGGUUCAAAGAAUCAAAUGCCAACAUUUUUUCCCUUCGUUUGAAAACUGAUGGGCCAAAGCUUUGUUUACUAGUACUAGCUACCCAGCUUUUCUUCUAGCAGGAACCAUGGACUAUGGUUAGCUGGCUGUCGUGCCAGGCUGGGGACAACUCUAUGGAAGAACAAUGUCGGUUGGAACGGAACUUGCGUCGCUUGGCGUAGGGCAAGCAAUAGUCCAUUGCAACAACUGUGGCACCGAUUUGACCGCCCUUAUCCACAUCGCAUGCUCCGUUUGCGCGGAUUUCGACUUGUGUUUGCAGUGUUUCUCAAGCGGUGCUGAACUCGGCAAUCAUAAGAAACAUCAUGACUUCACCGUACUGGACAACUGUACGUUCCCAGUGCUGGUGAAUGACUGGGGUGCUGAUGAGGAGUUGCUCUUGCUGGAGGCUGUAGAACAACAUGGCAUUGGUAACUGGCGUGCAAUUGCUGAGGCGGUCGGGACUAAAACGGCAACGGAGGUCAAGGAACACUUUGAACAGGUCAACUUGGAAACAUUAGGAUCUCACUUCCUUCCCAAGGACUUCCAUAAAUCGUUCAUGGAAACUGUCGGUGGUGCUGAGAAGGCAAAUGCUGAUGAGCAAUCUCCUCCCACUCCACUCAACAUACCGAUGGAGGAGGCUAAAGAGCUAGGCUACUGGUCUAGACGUGAUGAUUACGACUACGAGUACAUGACCGAUGCUGAGCCACUUGUUUCCAACCUGGAUGUAUCGGUAGCGGAUGAAGGCCUGGAGAGAGAGCUCAAGGUUGAACACAUAUGCGUCUACAACGACCAUCUGAUGAAGAGAGCCGACUUGAAAAAUGCUGCACGGGAGCACCGUCUCUUUCCAUCGCUCCAAGCAGCUGCACCCAAGAAGAAGAAGUUCAAGCGUGAAGAAAAAGAUCUGCAGCCAGUGGCACCAGUCAUUUCUCGGCUGAUAAAACCAAAAGAGUACGAGGAUUUCUUGGAAUCAUUAGCUAAAGAGCGAGCACUGCAGACACAGAUCAAAGAUCUCAUGAGGUAUCGUCGCUUGGGGAUCACAAGUCUGACCGGUUGUGCUCAGUAUGAGGAGAUGUCUUUGCAGAGAGAGGUCGGCAAAGGAACAAAAGCUAGCGGGACGACCGCCACUACUGCUGCUGCCAAUUCCACUACUGCAGAUGGCAAGUCUGUCACGGACACAUCUUCUUCAUCCUUGCAGGCUACUGCAGCACAUACACCCGCCAAGCCGCAAACCUCAAAGAAACUUCGUGCUGUUAUACAUCUAACAAAAACCGCCCAUCUGAAGCGUGGAAAACCCGACAACGAAAGCAAACUCUCGCGAGCUGCCUCUUACCUGACAUCCAAUGAACAAAAGCUUUGCUCCGGACUUGGCCUGUCCCCACCGGAGUACAUUACGGUCAAAACCAUUAUUGUGCGCGAUCAAACUGUACGUAAGUUUGGUGUCAAGGCCAAGCUAAAACACCUGCCACAGCUCUCGUCACAGCAGAAAGUGGCACUGAUUAUGUUCUUCAAGGGCCAUGGCUGGGUUUGAAUACACGUGAUGGAAAGAAGGAAAGUUUGAACAAACUGAUUGUGCCAUCGUCAGCCAAUCAUAUCGAAAAAAUACCCGUCUGGCUUAUUUCUCCGUCUUGCUGUACGAUCACCAGCUCACCUAUCUUCACUGUAGCGGGAUCAACACUCCGAGUAUGCUGUGCUUACUGCCCGCUGCGUGUGAUUACUGUUACGCCAUACAUGGUCAUGCUGCCUCCUUGGCACCUUUUCAUCAAAGGUACUACUGCCCACUGGUUGUGACGUACGUAUCUCCAGCUUGGAUAGUAAUCUGGUCACCAAUGGAUGCAUCGUGCACGUGAGUGUGCAUUUGUGUGUGUGUAUAUGUAUGUGUCAUGUGUGCAAGAUUGACUGCCACGUCGCUGUUGUUCCCGUGCUCUUGACAGCAAUGCUGUGUGCUGUUGCUGCUGCUGUUUUCACGUACCACCGUGUGCCGCUUUGCGUGUCUGUACCACCAGUGUGAACUUUACGAUGCAAUGCACUUGUGCUUGUGCCUGCUGGCUCGCUUGCAUCCCUACUUGAGUAUAAUAUGACUUGAUAUCAUGACGUACACUCAUCAGCACCAUCACUAUAACCACUAACGCUGUCAGCAUCAGCAGCAUCACUAUAACCACUAACACUGUCAGCAUCAGCAGCAUCAGCCCGUUGAUUUCCAGCCAGCGAGAUGACUGAUGCUAUCGAUGUACUGGCCUUGAAACCCACCGUCUCCAACAUAGCUCCUUUUUUAUCGCAUUCUCAGGAUUAUACCACCCUUCAGCUGUUUUCUUAUCGCAACUGCCUGUAAACACAUGCGUUUGUUUGCAUUUUGCUGAGCGUGGCAUCUGUCUGUGCCCCUGAUCAUAUGAACAAUGGCUGACCCAUGCUGGGUUUCCAAGACAAAUUUUUUUAAUACUAUUGCGAGUGCUCCAGUGCUGAGUAUUUGCGUCGCUGUCAUAUGUCUCUCGGUGUACUAGUACGAGUACUAUGCAUAUCACAUUUUGUUUUUAUCCCCUAUCUAACGGUUAGCGCAUCCCAUUUCUUACUCAUCCGUGUUUUGUUGGCUGGCUUGGUAGUGUUUGACUGGUUUCAGCCGGUGUGCUUUUAUUAUUAUUCUUAUCAUCACAAUACUCAGUGUACCAUUUUUUGUGUUUGUGCGUUCAGUCGCUCUCCAGUUGUCCGCAUCAUCCUUUCUACGAUUUUUACUCUGUUACAGUCUAUUGAGUGUUUGGCAGUCCGUGCAACUACACAGGGUCUCUGUUGCAGUAUUUUCCGUUUUAUCAGUGAAUCUCUCCGUCGCCGAAGUGUGUCAAUAUC